AUGCCAUACAAUUACGUCACAUGCAGAAAUGAAACUAACCCGACUGGCCCAACCGGACCUGAACCAAACGAACUCCCCACCCACUUCUCACCCAUCCCUCAAAAAAAAAACCCCCACUUCUCACUUGCUUCCCACCGUCGGCGUUCCUGCCAACGCGCCACCUUCCCCCACCUUCUGCGCGCCGCCGGCACCCACUGCGCCGCCUUCCCCCACCUUGUGCGCGCCGCCGGCACCCACUGCGCCGCCUUCUGCGCGCCGCUGGGGGCCACCGCGCCGCCCAACCUACCUUCUACGCGCCGCCGGAGACCACCGCAUCGCCCGCCCCCACCUUCUGCACGCCGCCGGGGGCCACCGCACUGCCCUACCCACCUUCUGCGCGUCGCCGAGGGCCACCGCGCUGCCCUACCCACCUUCUACGUGCCGCCGGAGACCACCGCAUCGCCCACCCCCACCUUCUGUGCUCCGCCGGAGGCCACCAGGUCGCCCUCCCCCACCUUCUGCGCGUCCCCGGGGGCCACCGCGCCGCCCUCCCCACUUUUUGCGAGCCGCCGGAGAACCACCGCAUCGCCCACCCCCACCUUCUGCGCACCGCCGGAGGCCACCAGGUCGCCCUCCCCGAGCUUCUGCGCGGCGCCAGGGGCCACCGCGCUGCCGUCCACACCUUAUACGCGCCACCGUCGCCCGCAUCAGGUGGACUCCAAGCACGCCGAUCCAAACCUCCCAGCUCGCCAGACAUGGACUCCCCAUCGCGAUUCCUCUCAUCGCGCGAUUGUCCCUGGUCUGUCCUGCCUUGACCAUGCGCCCCCCGUCUUCCUGGUGAGCGUCACCGAUCUUCGCCGCGAACUACCCCUAGAGGUCCGGGGCGAGCCUCCAGUGGACUAA